AUGGAGGGACCCACAGCUCCGGAGGUGGCCUCAGAAUCCAAGCUGAAGGUGGAAGACGUCAACCCAGCAGAUGCUGACGGCACCCAGGCUUCACCUGGACGGGAGGUUGGCAGCCCCGUGGCCCAGCUCCUGCCCCUGAUAGAAGAGUACCCCAAGAUCUGGCUACCUCGGGCCCUGAGGCAGACCUAUAUCCGGAAGGUUGGGGACACGGUGAACCUACUGAUCCCAUUCCAGGGCAAGCCCAGACCUCAAGCCACCUGGACUCACAAUGGCUGUGCCUUGGAUGCCAGUCGUGUGAGCGUGCGGAAUGGGGAGCGAGACUCUAUCCUCUUCAUCCGGGAGGCUCAACGUGCUGACUCGGGUCGCUAUCAACUUUGUGUGCAGCUGGGAGGGCUGGAGGCCACAGCCACCAUUGAUAUCCUGGUCAUCGAGAGGCCAGGCCCUCCUCAGAGUAUUAAGCUGGUAGAUGUUUGGGGUCUCAACGCCACCCUGGAAUGGACACCUCCCCAAGACACAGGCAACACAGUACUCCUGGGAUACACGGUGCAGAAGGCUGAUACAAAAUCAGGGCUGUGGUUCACAGUGCUGGAGCGUUAUCAUCGCACAAGCUGCAUUGUCUCCAACCUCAUUGUGGGCAAUUCCUAUGCCUUUCGUGUCUUUGCUGAAAACCAGUGUGGACUCAGUGAGACAGCCCCCAUCACUGCUGACCUUGCCCACAUCCAGAAAGCAGCUACUGUUUACAAGAGCAAGGGGUUUGCCCAGCAUGACUUCUCUGAAGCCCCCAAGUUUACGCAGCCCCUGGCAGACUGCACUACAAUCACAGGCUAUGACACCCAGCUCUUCUGCUGUGUCCGUGCCUCUCCCAGGCCCAAGAUCAUCUGGUUGAAGAACAAGAUGGAUAUCCAAGGCAAUCCCAAGUACAGAGCUCUCAGUCACCUGGGAGUCUGCUCCCUAGAAAUCCGCAAGCCUGGUCCCUUUGAUGGAGGCAUCUACACCUGCAAGGCAGUUAAUGCCCUGGGGGAGGCAUCUGUGGACUGUCGGGUAGAUGUGAAAGGUAAGGGCAGGAGGACAACUGUUGCCUCAGGGUGCUAAUCAUCUAAGGCUGGAAAAGUCAGGAGGGACCAAAGA